UCUGCCUGGCUGUGACACACAUUCUCCCUCCACAUGAACCGCUCUGUUGUCGCUCACUCUCUUUCUCUCUUUCUCUUUCCCUCUCGCUCCGUCACACAUGGACUAAAAGUUAGACAAACUGGGGAGAGGCGUGGAUGGUUGUUUACCUGCUUCCAUCAGCCACUGCAGAGGGACAGUGAAAAGGGGACCCAGAAGCUGUGGGUUGUCAUGGACACCUUUUUCCGCCGGCACUUUAGACUGAAAGGGGCUGGGCAAUCCCGACACAGACGGCCUGGCGUGGCAGUGCCCACAAGCAAGGCUCGCCGGCGCUCCAGUGUAGGACUGCCCUCUGCUGGCCUGGUCCAACGUAGACGCUCUAGUGUGGGACUGCCAUUCACAGGUCCUGUUGGAGACAGAAGAUCCAGUGGAGGCCUGUCGCCGACGGCUCAAGCCCAACGAAGACACUCCAGUGUUGGCCUGCCGUCAGGUUAUGUGGGCCGUAGAUUCUCCAGUGUGGGCUUGGCCUGCGCUGCUCACCAACAACGCAGGCACUCCAGCGAGGUGCAGGGGGGGCACUGUUGUUAUGGAGGCGGGAAUCUAGUGAGGACCAGAUACUACACCAGGCGUCGUUCUAGCACCACCGUGGCCUGUGUCAACCCCCGCUUCUCUGUCCGCCGCCGGCAAGCCGGCAAGCUCCGAACCAUCGACACCCACCUGCUGGGGCCCUCAAUGCUGCUGGCCAGCCUGGUCCAGAUGAGUGAGGAACAGCAGAAAGGGGCAACAGAGGUGCAGGGCGGUGAGGGGUCGUCAGGAGAGGACACUGAGAGCUACCCCUCCUCGUGCUGCUCCGAGUCAGAGGGGGACAGCUGCAGUAAGAGAGAGUGUAGCACCAGGUCAGAGGGCAGCGGGAGUGAACGAGAGGGGACUGCGGCAUCAUCAUCAUCAUAUCCAGAGGGACAGAGGAUGUGGGAGGACUGGAAUCAGACUCAUAGUGUGGCAGCCUUAACGAUGGAGAACAUCCAGCCCCGGCCCCUGAGCCGCGCCCUGCGCUGCCUGCGCCGUAACUCCUCCCAGCUGCUGCCGGCGGAGGCGGUGCACCGUAGCAGGGCGGUCUACGGUUUGCACGGGCGUUAUCGACGCUCCAGCCAGUUACGGAGGCCUUCCACCAUCUCCAACAGCGCCUGGCCAGGCAGGCUAGUCCACCCACCCAGCCGCAGGAGCUCUAUAGUGGCCUGCCACUCCUCCCGUUCCCUGUAUAGGAACUGUUCCGCCUGCUGGAAACCCAGGGGCCGCAGGGAGUCCCUCAGCCCCCUGCAGGGCAUCUACUAUGACCCCCGCCUGGAGACUUGGAGUGGGUUCGUCUCGAAGGCCAUCGCUAAAUCGGGUCUACAGCACCUGUCUGCCCAGCCCAGUGCCUCAGCCCUGGCCAAGUUUGACCCAGACAGGGAGAUCCGGAGCAGCUGUGACUGGACCGAGAACGCCCUGUAUGGGGAGCACAUCUGGUUUGAGACCAAUGUCUCCGGGGACUUCUGUUACGUCGGAGAGCAGCACUGCGUCGCCAAGACACUGCAAAAAUCCGUAGCCCGGAAAAAGUGUGCAGCCUGCAAGAUAGUGGUUCACACAAUCUGCAUAGAGCAGCUAGAAAAGUUAUUCGACACCAAGGCUAUUCCAAAUGAAGCCAGCCUGCUUAUCGAAGACCCCAACUUUAGAAUAAACUUUAGGUGUAAACCGUCAUUCAGGGAAUCGGGGUCUAGGAAUAUACGAGAGCCAGUCCUCCAAAGACAAGGCGCUCUAAAGUGCCACAGGCGGAUGGCUAACUGCAUGGCCACCCCUUUCCUGAGCCAGUCCCAGCCCACCGUAGUGCGGCACCAUUGGGUGCACCGGAGGCGCCAGGAUGGGAAGUGUCGGCAGUGCGGGAAGGGUUUCCAGCAGAAGUUUGCCUUUCAUAGCAAAGAGAUUGUGGCCAUCAGCUGUUCGUGGUGUAAACAGGCAGUAAGUUGGAAGUAUCACAACAAGGUGUCCUGCUUCAUGCUGCAGCAGAUCGAGGAGCCCUGCUCCCUGGGUGCCCAUGCCUCUGUGAUCGUACCCUCUACCUGGAUCCUCCGGGUCCGCAGACCUCAGACCUCACUAAAGUCGAGUAAAAAGAAAAAACGGACCUCGUUUAAGCGCAAGUCCAGCAAAAAGGGAGUAGAGGAGGCGCGCUGGAAGCCCUUCAUAGUUAGACCCAUUCCCUCUCAGCUCAUGAAGCCGCUGUUGGUGUUUGUCAACCCGAAGAGUGGGGGAAAUCAGGGAGCCAAGAUUAUCCAGUCGUUCAUGUGGUACCUGAACCCCCGCCAAGUAUUCGACCUGAGUCUGGGAGGACCCAAGGACGGGUUAGAAAUGUACCGUAAGGUGCAUAACCUGAGGAUACUGGCAUGCGGAGGUGAUGGCACGGUGGGCUGGAUCCUGUCUGCUCUGGACCAGCUCCAGUUGAACCCCCAGCCUGCAGUAGCCAUCCUGCCUCUGGGGACAGGCAACGACCUGGCCAGGACCCUCAACUGGGGUGGUGGUUACACAGAUGAGCCGGUGUCUAAGAUCCUGUCUCAUGUAGAGGAUGGGAACAUCGUCCAACUCGACCGGUGGAAUCUAGUAGUGGAGCCCAACCAGGAUGCUGGUGCAGAGGAGAGGGAUGAGCAGCAGACCGACAAGCUCCCCCUCGACGUCUUCAACAACUACUUUAGCCUCGGCUUCGACGCACACGUGACACUAGAAUUCCACGAGUCUCGAGAGGCCAACCCUGAGAAAUUCAACAGCCGCUUUCGGAACAAGAUGUUCUAUGCAGGGACGGCCUUCUCAGACUUCCUCAUGGGCAGCUCCAAAGACCUAGCCAAACACAUCAAGGUCGUGUGCGAUGGCACCGACCUCACCUCAAAGGUUCAGGAUCUGAAGCUGCAGUGUUUGGUGUUCCUCAACAUUCCCAGAUACUGUGCUGGUACCAUGCCAUGGGGAAACCCAAGCGAGCACCAUGACUUUGAGCCACAACGGCACGACGACGGCUGCAUUGAAGUUAUCGGCUUCACCAUGACCUCUCUGGCAGCACUGCAGGUUGGAGGUCAUGGUGAGCGGCUGAACCAGUGCAGAGAGGUGACCCUCACCACCUACAAGUCCAUCCCCAUGCAGGUAGAUGGGGAGCCGUGCAAGCUAGCCCCUUCCACCAUCCGGAUCUCCCUGAGGAACCAAGCCAACAUGGUGCAGAAGGCCAAGAGGAAGACCUCUAUACCGCAGCUCAACGACCAGCAGCCCUUCCCGGAGAGAUUAAGGAUCCGGGUGAACCGUAUUAGCAUGCACGACUAUGAGGCCCUGCAUUACGACAAGGAGAAACUUAAAGAAGCCUCUAUCCCGCUGGGCCUCAUCGUUGUCCCGGGAGACAGUGACCUGGAAACAUGUCGCUUCCACAUUGAGAGGCUCCAAGAGGAGGAUGAGGGAGCUAAGUCAAAGACCCUUUCCUCGCAGAAGCUUUCGCCAAAGUGGUGCUUCUUGGACUCCACAACUGCAGAUCGAUUUUACAGAAUUGAUCGUGCUCAGGAACACCUGAACUAUGUGACCGAGAUAUCCCAAGACGAGCUCUUCAUCCUGGACCCUGAGCUGGUCGUCACGGAGACGGUGAGCACCUCACCAGGGAUGCCUGAUCUGGUGGAUUCUUCUGGUGAAUUCCCGGAGGCGUCUCCCAAGUUUGGAUUCCCGUCCUCCUCCUCUUCUCCUCCCCCCUCACCGGGACCCAGGAUCAUGGAGCUCCAGAAGACCACUCAGAGGAAGCGAAUAUCCAGCGACAGCUCGGUGGUGGAGGCACUGGCACACAACGACUCUCUCAGGUCCAGUAAGCCUGCCCUCACCAGGGCCGGAUGUAUCCAUCGGUCUAACACUACUGCAGCUGAGAUCAACCCAACAUCGAGGUCGGAGAAGAAUUCACUGUGCAAUACAGACAAAGUAUCACCAGAAGUGUUGAUUGAAUGUGUGAAGAGCAAGGACCAUCUGAAGCUGAAGGAGCUGCACAAACUGGGAGCCGACCUGUCACUGCAGGACCCCUCAGGAUGCACCCUGCUCCACUAUGCUGUGGACACUGGUAGCAAGGACACUGUCAAAUACAUCCUGGACAAUGCACCCACAGAUAUCCUGGAUGUAACAGAAAAAGAAAAUGGGGAGACAGUGUUGCACAAAGCAGCGUCACUGUGUCAGAGGACUAUCUGUCACUACCUGGUAGAGGCAGGGGCAUCCCUCAUGAAGACCGACUUACAGGGUGACACACCAAAGCAUCGUGCAGAGAAGGCCAAGGAUGCAGAGCUGGCAGCCUACCUGGAGAACCGGCAGCACUACCAGAUGAUCCAGAGAGAGGACCAGGAGACAGCCGUGUGACUCUGCUCCCUGACCUCCAGCACCACUUCCCUAUCACCUAACCCUGUGCCAAACCUACUUUAGCUAAAAAAAGGAAGCUCGCCAGAGAAGACGGUCAAAAGGGAGCCAGUGUUUUAUUCUCCUGCUAGGGAGUUGGUUGGAGUUCUACCAGAUGAGAGAUUCGUCAGGUCCACCAUGUGAGAUGCUUGUGACCAGUGGACUUGAUUAUUGCACUGCCCCCCCCCCCCCCCCCAAAAAAAAAAGUAUAUGUUUUGUGUCGGAACACUUGGAAGAGAUGGUUCUUCUGUUUCAUUUUUCCCCCCCAGGUUGUGUUGCACUUGCAAUCCACCUAGACUGAAUGUUGAAAUGGUUAUGUAGAGAAUUGUGCUCCCAGGUUUUAGGACAGGAGCUUUGGGUAAUUGACUGCCUUGGUAAUUGUAUUAUAAUACGCUCCGAUGGAGCUGUAUCUCUCUGUGUCUAUAAAAGCAGCGUGAGCGUUUCAACCGUACGGUUCACAAUGACUCAGUGGAUUUCAAAAAGGGUAUUAACACUCUGAUCCGUAGGCCAGCUGUCUUUAAGGCUACCAAAAAAUGUCAUUAUUUUGAUGACGGUUUUAUUUGUUUAUAGUACUGCUGUUGAUUUUUUUUUUUUGAUUGAUUGAUUGAUUGAUUUGUCCACCCAUAAUGCAGUGUAAUGGGAUAAAACGAUCCACAAAAGUGGGGAAUUUUUUACAUAACACUUCUCACCAAACGAUUUGAAUUGAAUAGAUCAAUAUUGUUCUACCUUAUGGUCACAAUGUUUCUUUUAUUUCUUAGUGUUAAUAAGGAUAUUUGGUACUGUACACUUGUCGUAGUAGCUCUGUGUUAAAGCAGUGACUGCACCUCAGCUCCAAUUGCCUUGAUUUUCUUAUUUUGUUGGCUGAUUCGUUUGUAUUUAAUGUACUUAAUUAUGUCAUGGUGUAUUUUUAUAGCAUUUUUAAGCAGAUUGAUGUUUAUAUAAUUUGUACAUAUUAUAAAUGUAAAAUUUUUGUGUUUGGUCAUUACUUACUAUAAAAUGUGCAUUUUCUAUGUAUUUGUUUCAGAACUACAAAGCAUUUCUUCUCUCAUGUUGUUACAGAAGUCAAAGGCGUAUUUAUUCACCUCAACAUUUUUUUUACCGAUUUAUGUUCAGCGAACUCAAAAAAUGUUCAGACGGUUUGGGUUGUAAAUCUACAAGGUGUUUGUUGUUGUUUUUUACAUUAAAAAAUAUAUAAUAAUAA